AUGGCAGCAGCAGCAGAUCACACCCUUCAAACUUCGUCCAAGGAUGACAUCAAAUGCACCCCCUGCGGCCAGGUUGUUCCCUCUCCGCCGCCGCCCUCUCCGCCGCCGCCAGCUCCCACCACCACCUACUGCCCUCCCCCGCCGUCCCCUCCUUCAAGCCCCGGCGGCGGCAGCGGCACUUACUAUUACUCCUCUCCGCCGCCGCCCUCUCAGUACACCUACUCCUCUCCACCGCCGCCGGCAUCUUCCGGCGGCGGCGUGUAUUACCCGCCGCCAACUAAGUACUACCCGACGCCGCCACCGCCGAACCCAAUUGUCCCUUAUUUCCCGUUCUACUACCACACCCCUCCUCCGCCGUCCACCGCCGCUCCUCCGGCGGCGAAAAGCUGGUUAGUCUGUGCAACCUCGUUGUUACCUUUUCUUGCUGCUUUGCUUUGGUAG